GAAAGCCCGAGAGAGUAAUGGUAGUGAAGAUUAAAUCCUCUUCCUCCAAGCAGCUAGAUCCUAAACCUGCAGAUCAACUUGGAGACAGUCGAUCUUUUCUCCGGAAAACCGAAUUCGCAACCUCAUAAGUGCGGUACAUUGCUGGAGAAAGAGACGGCGAGAUGGCGACGGAUUACCAGGCCGCCCUGAUCCGGCGGAUCAAGUCUCGUCUCCGGCAGGAGGCCGGUGUUCCAUCGUUCGAUCCCUCCGACCCGUGCCUACAGCCGCUGCCGACGCUCGAGGAGGUAGUCGUUGGAUUUAAUCCGUCGCCGCUGCAGCUUCGGUGCCGGAAAUGUCGUGGCCGACUCCUCGCCGGCAUCCGAUCGCACGUCUGCAUCUACUGCGGAGCUCAACAGCGGAACGACGUAUGCCCACCCAGCAUGUCCUUCACCUCCACGUUUGCCUACCGCGGGCUUCUUAGGUCGCUGCAGCUUGAUGGAUCCGAGAUCAUAUCAUUGGACAUUAAUACAGAGCAUUCUAUUGGUCAACAUGCGACAGCAAAGAAGGAGACUCUGUUAUCAGAACUGUUGGAUUUUGAACUGAAGUGGCCUCAAGUCACUGAGGACACAGAUGACAACCAUGAAAGCAAGGUUCCAGUGCCAAAUACCAAUUAUGCUAACUUAGCUAGUCUCAAUCUGGACAAUUUCUUCUGUACCACCUCCAAACCAGAGAUAGUUGUUGACACAACAAAUGGCCAGUCAACAUCAGAUCUUAGCAAAGAAAUGGUUGACAUCUCAUCUAAAGAGUUCACCUUUGAGGUAUUUGAGGAAAUAGGUGAGAAGGCUACGGUGGAUACUAAUGGAGCAAAUGAAUCUUAUUGGAAGGCUGACUUUCAGAAAGCUGCAUCUGAAAGUCAGACAGCCGAUGCCCAUGUAACUGGCUUCCUUUCACCGACAGUUACUAAGUUUUUGAGCACUAGCAAGCCAAUUGAAGGAGGGGAUCUCAGUAAUGAGAUACAGUUUACAUGGGAGAACAAAAACAAAGCUCAAGAACCCAAUGAAUUAAGGCAUUUGCCAUUCUCCACAGAACAAAGGCCUCGCAAUGUCAUUUCUGUCAGUGCUACAGCAGAGAAUAAGAGUGUCAAUCAGUCAAAAGAAAGUGAUGAUUCACUAGAUGAUUGGCAAGGCUUUUCUGGCUCUUCUCACUUAUUUUCUUAUACAAAAGGUCGUGCAGAUGAAACUUUUGAAAAUGAUGCAAAAGAGACCAAUUGCAUUAAGCAAACAGAAGAAGGUGAUAAUUCGCUAGAUGAUGAUUGGCAGGACUUUACCGGUUGUGCAGAUACUCCAUCCCUAGCUUCAAGUUUAUGGGCUCUUAGUGGUGGAGCAUUUUCCCAUGAAUCUGCUGCAAAAGUUAAUUCCAUUGAUGUAAACCAUGAGAAUGUUUGGAGAACUAUUGGUGCAGACUCCAAUAAUGUGGUACAUACAGCUGUUGAUUCUGUCAACAACUCUGAAGGAUGUAAUCAAUUGAAAGAGAGAACUUUUUCUAAUCCUGAGUCUGAUGCUUUUAUGGGGGAAAAGCCACAAGAAAAUAACUCUAAUAGCCUAAUAACACAAACGGAUAACUCGCUGGAUGACUGGCAAGAAUUUACUGGUUCUGGAGAAAUGUCCAUGCUAUCUUCAGAUGCAUGGCCUCUAGCUGGCUCAGCAAGUUCACAGAAACCCACGGAAUGGAUUGGAUCGUACAAGUUAGUUCAUGAGACUGAGACUACUAGCAAGAGCAAUAUCAGUCUUCAGAUUAUUACUGAUGCAGGAUCCUGUGAAAUAGAACAAAGUACUGCUGAUUUGAAAGAUAAUAUUGAAGCUCAUCACUUGAAACCGGUACACCUGUCCACUUCUGAAAUUGGCAAUCUUUUUGGAGAAGAUGAGCUGGUACAGACUACUGCUGGUUCCACAGGAGGGAUUGUGAAACCAAAUCAGUUGCAGUCACCCUUUCCAAAUUCAAAGUUCGGUACUCUCUUUGAAGGAAGUUCUGGGAAUCACAAUACCAACCAUGAAGGUGACAACUCUUAUGAUGUUUGGCAUGAUUUUACUAGUCCUGGAGAACCACUUGGGGCCACUUCAAGUACAUGGCCUUUAGCUGGCUCAGCAGUUGAACAAGAGUCUGCCAGAAAAGGUGAAUCAACAAACAUAAUAAAUGACAUGGAGUCUAUUGAUAGCAAGUGUGUCAUUACUCAGAGAACUGUAGAUUUAGAAUCCAGAACUGUAGCACAGAUUGAUGCUGAAUCUACAAGCGUUAGAGAGCACAAUCAAUCAAACCAGUUAUCCUUUUCCAGUGAUCAGAUUGAUGCUUUCUUUGGGGGAUAUUCACAAAAGGAUAGCAGCAGCCAGCCAGCAAAAGAAAUUGACGACCCACUGGAUGACUGGCAGGACUUUGCUGGUUCUGGAGAUGCGCAGGAGCCCUCUCCAAGUGUGGGCCCCAAUGCUGAUUUUUCAGGUUCCCAAGAAUCUAUGAAGGGGACUGAAUCAGCACAUAUGUUGAGAGAUAUAGAGUUCACAAAAUAUAUACAGUCUGAACCUUUAUCAACAGAAUUGCACCUUCAGAAAAGUUCUGUCAACUUAAAUCAUAUGUCACCAGUGCCUUCCUUUUCUAACAGGAUUGGAGAUGCAGGAGAGAUGCUUGAUGUGAGUUCCAGUGGUGAAGCUGUGUUUAACCAUGCGGAUGACACCUCAGGUGUAUUCAUGUUUCAUUCGGCUGCUGCUUCCACUGCUGCUAAUACCACAGAAAAGAUCAAUAUGUUGACUUCUGAGAUGCAUGAUCUUUCAUUCAUGCUUAAGAGUGGAUUGUCACUUCCAGAAAAGCAUAAGAAUUCUGGUUAAUUGUCCUUAUCGGAGCUCUCCAUUUCUUGCUUAAUGUUUUCAUCCUUGAAAAUUUUCUUGUCGUUUCAUUUAAUUUUAUAUGCCUAUGCCUCAUUCGCUCC